AUGAAGAAGUAUUCAUUCGUCACUGGUACAAAACAGCAAGUACAAAAAUAUAAGCAGUUAAUAAAAUCCAAGAACAAUUCUGUUCAUGUACCAGUAUGUGAGAGCUGUCUGCCUUUAGGAGGUCUUGAGUCUUUUGGUAAGCUCUUGAUCUUACAGAGAAGAAGAGUCGUGCUAGAAGGGCAAAAGGAAAGCAACAUAAAUACUGGAACAAGUGAACGUUUAGAAGGAACAUUUUCCAUGAAAGUAUCCCUAGGUGCUGAUGUUGCCCCAAAAGCUAAUGUAUUGGUAUAUAGUAUUCUUCCCAAUGGUGAACUCAUUGCUGACAGCCGAGAAUUCAUGGUAUCGAAGUGCUUCAGAAACAAGGUAAACCUCCAUUUCUUGGAACCUCAAGUUUCACCAGGAUCUGAAACGUCUCUGCAUCUCAAGGCAGCAGCAGACUCUCUUUGUUCUUUGAGAGUUGUAGAUCAAAGUGUCUUCCUCCUGAAACCAGAGGAAGAUCUUUCAGCUGAUAAGGUGUACAGUGCAACUAAGCAAACAAGAGAAUCCUCUCAUGUUUCAGAAGAAGACCCUCCGCCGUGUUUGACAUUCGGUAUGGAAGUUUAUGACAAUGUUACCUAUAAUUUGGCAAUCCCUAGCAUAAGCAGUGAGGUGGAUGUGUAUAGAAUCAUCUUGGAUAUGGGGUUGUACAUUUUAACAGAUAUCAGCAUAAGAAAAUCAGUCCGUUGUCCUGGAACUAUAACAGUAUACUUGAACGAAUCUGAGAAUAAGGGCUUCACUGGUAAAUUUAACUUCUGUUUUCUUUGA